AGGAAAGGCUUUUUGUUGGGCACGAGCAGCAGCAAACAGUCUUCACAACCGAGGAGGAGCACAUCGAUUUACCAUCCACAACGAACAACGACAAACUGUCCCCUCCCCGAUAAAAACUGAUGAAUUUACUUACGACCACUGUUUAUAGCACCAGUCAGAGCAGGCGCCACCAACAGUGUCGACAACUUAUUGCACCACUACAAGAUGAUGAAGGAUUUGCACGAGAAGUUUUGAAAAACGACGGACAAACCACCUGCUCUAUUACCCGACACACUUCUGCGGUACUUACAACUACAACUACGCACUAUCCGGUUCUUGCAGCCAGAUAGAUAAUUUUUGACGGAGAGAACAAAGCAUUUCGAAGAAGCAGGGUUUACAACUACGUUACGAGAAUUUUUAUGGUGAUUACAACGGAAGCCGUUGAAGGCGACAACACCUUCAGGGGAAGAUCGCUGUUUCGACUGAAACAUAAUUGACGAACUUCAAGAAGUUGAACUAGGAGAAGGUAUGAAUUUUUUCAGAGUUUGCAAAAUGUUACUUAGCGUCAUUCUACAGCUUGAUAUUCAUUCUUCACUUGAGAUGGGAUCUUUUUUCAUGACAAGAAAGUGGUCUCCGAUUGGGAUUGAAACAUCAAAAAGACAAACUACUCCAAUCGAAACAAUGAAAAGAGAAACUACACACAACAGGACCGUUUCUCCGGUCUCGAUCCUUCACUUUUAGUACCCACCGGAAAUGACCGAUUGGAAUUACGAGAGCUUACCAAUUCAUGACUGUAUCAAAAUAAACUCGCGCACGGUGAUGACGCACUACAUCUUUGUUCCACAGAGUCCGGCCUACGACAUCCUCCACAUUUCACUUCGAGUACUACUACCACACGGACUCCAACUCCCGACAAGUUUCAAGCGCUGUUUCGGAAGCUGUUUCAACGCGGGCAAUUUUUCAAUCUGAAGCAAUUGCGGUCGAGCCUGACGAUUCUUGUUUGCUCGUGCGACAAAGUCGAGGCGAUGGAGAUAUGGUCGUGUAUCGAUGGAUAGAACCUGAAUACAGGUUUGUUUAUGUUUGUUGUUUUUUUGCGGCCGUUGAUCUUUUUGCGUCAAAAUGCACUUCGGUGAAAAGAUGAAGAGACUAGAGGAUAAUUGUGAUUCAUCUCAUUUUCUUUCCAAAAACAGGGCGUCGAUGCUCCGUCUUUGCUCCGCCGGUACCUGAGUCCACUGUAUCGAUUUCGUACCCGGUCGUGCAGCAGUACUUGUAGAAGCCACACACCCUCGCGCUCUCGACAUCGGAACGAAGAUGAAAGGGGUAGUUUCGGGAGCAUCUCUCACCGGCAAGCACCAUGGAAGUUGCCAAUUACGUCUUCGCACCGGAGUCGUUAUUGUCACCAGCAGCUUGUUCUGGUGCUCCUGGCUUCCGCAGAUAAAGAGUACGAGAUUCUGGUCACGGUUGAAGAAUUUUGAGAAAAUCUUCUACGAAUCGAUGGUGAUUAGGUAUUGAAGGGAUUUUUUUCUUUCGGUUGGGAUACGUACUCAAGUACUAUACUUACACGACCAAUACAAAAAACAGGAGCUCCGAUUAGCUUCUCUUCGCUUGUUGUCGUGCAUGACCUACUGCUCUGGGUGAGAAGCCCGGACGUCCCAACAUCAUGGUGCUAUUGAUUGAAGGUUGACCAACAUGAAACCCAAGAAAAAAUAAACAGGCCGCGCACCACCUUCGUUUCCGGUGGUUCGCACCGACAGUCUCCGAAAACUUAG